UUACCGCGACACGGCGGAUUAUUCAUUAACGACGAAGGAAAAAAAUUAAUAAAUCAAUAUAAUAUAAUAUCGAUUAUGCGUUACUAAUCAUUUAUCUGUUGCAUAUUGACAAUCGAACACCGAUACAAUAUGUACAACUGAUCAUCGACAGCGUAAAUAUCUCAUUAGCGAAUUUAUAUGAGAAUUAUAAGAUAAUGAGAGAUAACCCUGAUCGUCUGUCAUGACACGCGACAUUGUCAUAAAAAGAGAGGGAGAAAAGAGGAGAAAAAAGAGAGGAAACGAAUAGUGAGGAUGAAGAAAGAGGAAACGAUAUAUAUUUACGUAUGGUAACGGUAAAAUGAUUAUGUUUUUGACAGUGGAAAUGGUAACUGUGUAGUGACGAUAAUGAUGGUAGUUGUGAUUGUGGUGAUGUAUACGGGCAACCGUAUGAUGUACGUUGGAUGACUAAAAGGUCGCGGCCCCGUCAUUGAUACGGAUGGAGAGAGCGCACUUUGGACCAAUUCCUCGCGACAGCUAACUCAAAUAAACUCAGGGGAACGCGGCGUUACUACUUCAGUGCUACUUUGGCCACACACCGCGGCACAGUCGCAUUGACCAAUCAAUUAUUCUCUUGUUUUCAUCUAUUAAGAGAUCUUUCUUCCUCUCUUUUUCUUUCAAGCUUUCACUCAUUACUAUUAUUCCUUUAUCCCGAAUAAAUCAAUUUGUAUCACGCAUUAUUUCCUCUAUUAUUUUUUCUCUCUUAUUCAUUAUCCUUUUUAUUAUUUCUCUUCUCCAUUCAAAUUACCCUUGUGCAUAAAAUAAAGGAACGAACUAAUUCACUGUGACUUAACCACGCACAGAUAAUCAGGGUUCACGAUAGAACGUUCAUUUGCACUACUUGAAAAAAGAAAUAGAGAAGAAACGAAGACAUCGGGCGAAAAUAAACGAGACCAAACGAAACUAGACGAGACGGAACAUCGGAACUAUUCUGCCCGCGAGUACGCGAUACUAAGCUGCCCAACUAUAAAGGAAACAACACAAGGAACAGCGAAGUGUUGUCUCUCGCGCGGCACUCGACAACGAGGAGAGACUACUAGUUAGACCGAACAACUAACUGACGCGGUUCUCCUUCAACUUCAGUUUCGCAUGCACACGUGAUCGCACGUGAUAUACGACACUUCGUAUAGAAUAGCGCUGUUGAACCGGUGGCCGCGCGUAUAGAACACGAAUUGAAGAGAAAGAGAAGAGACAUUCGUGUGUGGAGUCGCGCGACACUAUUAUACAUUCGCGGUGUCUUUUUUUUCUUCUUCCACGGAUUACACGGUUUGACAUAGGUGAUCAGAGAAUAUCAAAAUGUCUACAGAACCUGGUAGUUUCACCUCCAACGGGAGCAUGAUCGUCGUGAGCAACAGGUUGCCGUUCGUGCUGAAGAGGAAUGAAAUAACCGGUCAACUGGAACGCAAGGCCAGUGCUGGAGGACUUGUGACAGCAGUAGCACCGGUUGUCAUAAGUGGAAAUGGAGUCUGGGUCGGAUGGCCGGGUAUGCACAUGGAAAACCGGGAUGAGCCAAUUCCUGAAUCUGAUCCUAAUGAUCGUACGCCAACAGCAGGUCUUCUGUCUCGAAAGGUUGUGGCAGUACACGUUGAACCAAGCAUUUUCGAUUCGUACUACAAUGGAUGUUGCAACGGAACUUUUUGGCCAUUGUUCCACUCUAUGCCUGAUCGAGCGACCUUCAUUGCGGAGCAUUGGCGAGCGUAUUCCGCGGUAAAUGAGGAAUUCGCAGCAAAAACGGUCCGUGCGUUAGAAGAAAUCCAUAAAGAGCAAAAGAAUCAACCAAAUGGUACACCAUUGGUGUGGGUGCAUGAUUAUCAUCUAAUGUUGGCCGCGAAUUGGAUUAGACAAGCAGCUGAUGAGAAGCAACUUAAGUGUAAAUUAGGUUUCUUCCUUCACAUCCCUUUUCCACCAUGGGACAUAUUCAGAUUAUUCCCAUGGGCUGAUGAAAUUCUUCAGGGAAUGCUUGGUUGCGACAUGGUCGGUUUUCACAUUCAGGAUUAUUGUCUGAAUUUCGUCGACUGCUGCCAGAGAAGUCUCGGCUGCAGAGUCGAUCGUAAGAACUUGUUGGUGGAGCAUGGUGGAAGAACUGUAAGGGUGAGACCGCUUCCCAUUGGUAUUCCAUUCGACAGAUUUGUCUCGCUGGCCGAGACUGCCAGCAAAGUCAUAUCAACUAAUCAGAAAAUUGUAUUGGGCGUUGAUCGUCUCGAUUAUACCAAAGGUCUAGUUAAUAGACUGAAAGCUUUUGAGAUGCUGCUGGAAAAGCAUCCGGAACAUCGUGAGCAGGUUACUAUGCUUCAAAUUGCUGUACCAUCACGAACAGAUGUGCGUGAAUAUCAAGAUUUAAAACUCGAAAUGGAUCAGUUGAUCGGUCGCAUAAACGGUCGAUUUACAACACCCAAUUGGUCUCCUAUUCGUUAUAUUUACGGUUGUGUGAGUCAGGAUGAAUUGGCGGCAUUCUAUAGAGAUGCUGCUGUUGCUCUCGUUACUCCACUCAGAGAUGGAAUGAAUUUGGUUGCCAAGGAAUUUGUUGCUUGUCAAAUCAAUACACCACCGGGUGUGCUGAUUGUUUCACCAUUUGCUGGAGCUGGAGAGAUGAUGCAUGAAGCUUUGAUUUGUAAUCCAUAUGAAAUAGAUGAAGCUGCAGAAGUUAUUCAUAGAGCUCUUACUAUGCCAGAAGAUGAACGCACAUUAAGGAUGAACCACUUAAGACGUCGCGAAAGAAUCUACGAUGUUAAUUACUGGAUGAAAUCUUUCCUGCAAGUAAUGGGAUCGCUCGAGGAACACGAUUCUGUAGGUGCUACGACAAUGCAACCUGUGACUAUGGAUGAUUUCGAUGAUUAUUUGAGCAAGUAUAUCGGCGAUAAUCAUAAAUUGGCUCUCCUAUUGGAUUAUGAUGGUACAUUGGCUCCUAUUGCAACGCAUCCGGAUCUUGCGAUCUUACCACUUGAAACAAAAAAUGUUUUACAAAGGUUGUCCAACAUGUCCGAUGUGUACAUAGCAAUUAUAUCGGGUAGAAAUGUGAACAACGUAAAAUCAAUGGUUGGCAUAGAGGGUAUCACAUAUGCUGGAAAUCAUGGAUUGGAAAUUUUACAUCCAGAUGGCAGUAUUGUUCAUCCGAUGCCUGCUGAAUUGGAAGGCAAAGUGGAAUUGAUGCAAGCGUUGCAAGAUCAACUCUGCAGAGACGGUGCUUGGGUAGAAAACAAAGGAGCAUUAUUAACGUUUCACUAUCGUGAAACGCCUAUGGAUGUACGUUCUGCAAUGGUUGAACAAGCAAGGAAAAUCAUUGAACAAGCGGGUUUCAAAGCCUGUUCGGCACAUUGCGCUAUCGAGGCGAAACCACCUGUCGAAUGGAACAAGGGCCAUGCUUCCAUUUAUAUUCUACGUACUGCUUUUGGCUUAGAUUGGAGCGAACGUAUUAGGAUUAUUUACGCUGGUGAUGAUGUGACAGAUGAAGAUGCGAUGAAGGCGCUGAAAGGUAUGGCAGCAACUUUCCGUGUAGCGUCAUCACAUAUAAUUCGUACAUCGGCUGAAAGGCGUUUGCCGAGCACGGAUUCCGUAUUGACCAUGCUGAAAUGGGUGGAAAGGCACUUGAGCAGACGUAAACCUCGCAACAGUACUGAAAUUCCUUCUAGAUUCCGUCGCAGCAGCGCUGGCAUUACUAUGGAAAUGUCUUAUACAGCAUUAGAAUCCUAGAUAAUGCUGUAACAUUCUACGUUAUCAUAUCGACUGUGUCCUCGACGAGAAUUUUGUAUAUCAUAAAUUUAUGAUAUACUUAUAGAGUAAGGACAACUAAGCACGAGAGAGAAGAAUAAAAAUAAAAGGACAAAAGGGAAUCUCUAAGUAGUUAAAAUCAAACAAAAAAGACAAAAAAAAAAAAAAAAAAAAAAAAAAUAAGUAAAUUGUUUAGCAUAAUCGUGAUGGUAAAACACCAUCAGCUAAUAAACAAAUCAAGUAUCAUGCGAAUACUUUUUCUUUCCAACGAAUUGUAUUCGAAAGCUAUAAUUACAUUCAAAUAUAUAGAAUUAAUUUAAUAGAACAAUCGUACAAACAUAUAGAUAUCAUCAGCCAAAAUAAAAGAAAUCUUUUUUGAUGUGAAGCAAAUAAAUCUUUAUAAACUAUUUUUAAUUGAUGUAUCUCUCCGGUAACCAUUUAAAUGGCUUUACCCCCAUAAAAUAAAUUAUGAGAAAAUUACGGGAAAAAAAAAAAUAAAAAAAAUAAUGAAUGUUAUGUGUGCAGUCGUCAAAUCUCUAUUUCAAUCGUGAUGUGUGAAUAUAUACAUGUCCUCCUUUUUUUUUUUUUUGUAAUUUCAUCAUUCAUCGUAUAAUUAUAAAAUACAUUGUACGAUAAUAAUCAGGCUGAAUGUAGUUUUCGGCGAAGCGUGUUUCAUCGGAAACCAUAAUAGGUACUUAGUUAUGUAUAGUUUUUAAGUUCGCGUCGCUCAAAAAAGUAACAAAAAAUAUCCGAUAUAUAUUGUAAUAUUAUCGAAGUAACUUAACUUAAAGUGAUUUUAUUAACCAAAUAUUGUAUAAUUGCUAUCAAUUUCCGAAACAUGAAAUGAAUAAUUGUAACGGAAAAAUGGUUUUACAUUGGUACAUUAAAAAAUAAGAGAAAUCAUUGUAUUCGAAUUUGUAGUCCGCUUAAAAAAAAUCAUAAUCAAUUAAUAUAAUGGAUUUCAGUUUUGCAUUCGUAGAAUUUAAAUUAAUUUGUUAAAUAUUGUGUAUUUAAGUUAAAUUGAUUUAAAAGUUUUUGCUGUUUGUAUUUCAGGCAUAUUUUGUAUACUUUUGAAAUUGAUAAAAGUGAAUAACGAUGAAUUCUCAUUGAAAUAGAAUCAUGAAAUAUCUGUUUUUUAUAAAAGGUGUUUUUCUUUUUUUUUUUUUUUCUUUUGCGAAUAAGAUCUUUUUUUAUAAGAAUAUUGAAUGAAGUUUAUAAAUUUGUAUUAUUAAAUAAUCGACAUAACAGAAACGAUUUAAGAAGAAAUAUACAUACCCAGGCGAGAUUACAUUUUUAAUAUGCCAUAUCGCUGAUGAAAAUGAACUUUGAAAUAAGUGAUUAGUUGAUUAGUUAAUUUUUUUUUUUUUUUUUUUAUUUAUUAUUAUUCAGAUCCUGGAACUGUAAUAAACAGUGCCAAUAAAGUCCACAAAAGACGCAAUACA